AUGUUCCCGACAAGUCUUGUUCAUGCUCAUGUUACGAACCCUGCGGGGCACAAGGAAGUGCGGCCAGCAGCAGGAAGCCAGGAGCAGCAGCCGAAGGAUGCAGUCCCAAGCUCCGAAGCCUUGCGGGCAGCCGCUGGGAAGCUGCUGGAGAAGGUGAAGGCGGCCAAGGCAGCUCGAGCCAAGGCGCAGGCAGCUUCCCAACGUUCCGAGCCUUUGCCCGAAGCAGAACGUACAGCAGAGGGCGCCCCAAAGGCACCUGCCCAAGAAUCGAGCCCGAGCAGCGAAAGAGUCAGCACAGGGGAUGCGCCCAAGAAAGCACAGGAAGCCGAGAAGGAAGAAGACCCGGCGGUCGAGGCGGAUCUGGCGCCUGCAGAGAACGAUGCGGCAAUCCCCAGAGUUGAUGAACCCAGCCAAAGAGAUGUUGGUUUAUUCACGCCAGCACAGGCUGCAGAGACAGUUGUUGCCGACGCGCCGAACUUCGAGCAGGAGCUGGUGGCAUCUGAUGCAGCGCCAAAAGCCAGCUCUGCAGACGUCUUAGAACCGCAGGAAGAGACUAUUAGCGCAGAGCCCAUGAAGACAGAAACUACAGGCGUCGACGCACAGCCGAUGCCCCCAUCAACUGCCGAUGCGUUAAAUGGCGACCAGGCUGAGACACCUCACGCAGAUCCUGUUCCAGGCGACGCCCAGGGGCACUUGGUGGAAGCCACAGACGAGCCACAAGUGGCAGAAACACCAGCAACACCAGCAGCAAGCACGGAAGAGCAAACGGAUGCACCGAAGCCAGCUCAGCAAGCAGAGAGGGACGAUACAACCAAGCACGAUCAGGCCAUAUCUGAGGUGGCAGAAGACGCAAGUUGUCCCAAGGGCGAGGAAGAACUUGAAAAGGCUGUCUGUGCAUCGAAGACGAGAUCCAGGAUGCAGGCGCCAUCGAGGAGCACCUCACUCAACGACGCCACGGCGGCGCCACCGCCUGGCCCGAGCCCGAAUCUUCCGGGAGCUGUUCCUCCGCUGCGUGACCUCGCGACGCCUGUUCCCUUGGAGGCUGUGGCACGGUCACCUAGCGAGCUCUGCGUGCCACGGCCAUCACCAACCGAGAUGCCACCAGCGGAACAAGCCAGCGAGCAAGAGGUCAAAGAAGCAGAUGAGGCCGAGCUGAAGACCGUUGACGAAGCCGAGCUCACAAAGGAGGUGCGGCCAGCAGCAGGAAGCCAGGAGCCGCAGCCGAAGGAUGCAGUCCCAAGCUCCGAAGCCUUGCGGGCAGCCGCCGGGAAGCUGCUGGAGAAGGUGAAGGCGGCCAAGGCAGCUCGAGCCAAGGCGCAGGCAGCUUCCCAACGGUCCGAGCCUUUGCCCGAAGCAGAACGUACAGCAGAGGGCGCCCCAAAGGCACCUGCCCAAGAACCGAGCCCGAGCAGCGAAAGAGUCAGCACAGGGGAUGCGCCCAAGAAAGCACAGGAAGCCGAGAAGGAAGAAGACCCGGUCGAGGUUUCGAAGAGCGAUGCAAGCCCGCAGGUGCCUGAAGCCAGCCAAAGAGAUGCCGGUUCACCUCCAACGCAGGCUGUUGACGAUGUGCAUGCGGUGGACGAGCUGGCAUCUGCAGCACCAAAGACCAGCUCUGCAGACGCCUUAGAAGGGCAAGAAGAGAUGGCCAGCGCAGAGACCAUCAAGACAAGAACAGACGUCGAAGUACAGCAGGUCCCCCCAGCAGCUGCCAAUGGAGCGCAGGAUGCAGGCGACGCCCAGGGGCACUUAGCAGAACCCACAGACGAGCCACAAGUGGCAGCAACACCAGCAACACCAGCAGCAAGCGCGGAAGAGCAAACGGAUGUACCGAAGCCAGCUCAGCAAACAGAGGGGGAAGAGGCAACCAAGCACGAUCAGGCGAUAUCUGAGGUGGCAGAAGAAGCAAGUUGUCCCAAGGGCGAGGAAGAACUUGAAAAGGCUGUCGCGGGUCUGCUGCCCGAUCCUGUGCGAACACAAGAUCCAGAACCCUUCGUCGUCACCUCUCAGCUGGAGACGGAGCAAGUGCCGGAUGGUGAGGAGCCGGUGCCGUGCAGCUCGGCAGACGCCAGCGCGUUGUCGCAAUCUGCCCCUCAGCCCGCACCGAGUGAGCUGCCAACAGCAGCGGCAGCGAGCAUCGAGACGACCUCGGCGCACUCGGGGCCCGCUACGCCAGGCCCGUUCCUUGCGGAGUACUCUCCCCCACGUCGCUGGGGGCCGCGCCGGAGGGCUUCACCGUCGGACUUGCCCGUGCCGACUUCCAGGCCGUCUCCGGCCGCCACGAAUGAGGCGGAAGAGGUGGAGGAGCUCGCAACGGCUGCCCCUGCCGUCCCCGCGGCACCUGUGGAGGAAGCGCCCCCAGAUGCGGAUCAUCCUGCGAUGCCGGAGUCUGCGAUACCGUCGUCGGUGGCGGGGUCGCCUUCUACAGCGGCCUCUUUAGGAACCUCUCUAAUGCACGUGGCCGGGCCCGAGGCGAAAGCGAGCAGCGUCGAAACCCUGACGCACUCCGGGCCCGCCACAGCCCAGCCUUCACCGGCGGACGUGCCCGUGCCGACCUCCAGGCCGUCUCCGACCACCACGAAUGAGGGGGAAGAGGAGGAGCUCGCCACGGCGGCCCCGCCUCCUGCGGUGCCCGCGGCACCUGUGGAGGAAGCGCUAGGGCCCCCAGCUGCGGAUCGUCCUCCGAUGCCGGAGUCUGCGAUGCCGUCGCCGGAAGCUUACGAGGAGAAAGAGGUGUCGGAGGGUGUGGUGAUGUCUUUGAUCCGCGAAAAUGAGACGCCGGUACCCUUAGAAGAAGGGGACGGCAAGGCGCCGGACGAGGCGCCGGACGAGGUGGACCUCUCCUGGCCUCCGCUCGUGUUUGGCGUGAAGCUGCACAAUUCUCGUGCCUUCACCGGCGGACGUGCCCGUGCCGACCUCCAGGAGAGCGGGCAGACCGAUGCCUGUGAAGGGAGAUUUCCAGAGCUCGCCACGGCGGCCCCGCCUCCUGCGGUGCCCGCGGCACCUGUGGAGGAAGCGCCCCCAGCUGCGGAUCGUCCUCCGAUGCCGGAGUCUGCGAUGCCGUCGUCGGAACCUUCCGCAGAGACGCCGGUACCCUUACAAGAAGGGGACGGCAAGGCGCCGGACGAGGCGCCGGACGAGGCGAAAGCGAGCAGCGUCGAAACCCUGACGCACUCCGGGCCCGCCACAGCCCAGCCUUCACCGGCGGACGUGCCCGUGCCGACCUCCAGGCCGUCUCCGACCGCCACGAAUGAGGGGGAAGAGGAGGAGCUCGCCACGGCGGCCCCGCCUCCUGCGGUGCCCGCGGCACCUGUGGAGGAAGCGCCCCCAGCUGCGGAUCGUCCUCCGAUGCCGGAGUCUGCGAUGCCGUCGUCGGAACCUUCCGCAGAGACGCCGGUACCCUUAGAAGAAGGGGACGGCAAGGCGCCGGACGAGGCGCCGGACGAGGCGAACGCGAGCAGCGUCGAAACCCUGAAGCACUCCGGGCCCGCCACAGCCCAGCCUUCACCGGCGGACGUGCCCGUGCCGACCUCCAGGCCGUCUCCGACCGCCACGAAUGAGGGGGAAGAGGAGGAGCUCGCCACGGCGGCCCCGCCUCCUGCGGUGCCCGCGGCACCUGUGGAGGAAGCGCCGCCGAGGCCCCCAGCUGCGGAUCGUCCUGUGAUGCCGGAGUCUGCGAUGCCGUCGUCGGAACCUUCCGCAGAGACGCCGGUACCCUUCGAAGAAGGGGACGGCAAGGCGCCGGACGAGGCGCCGGACGAGGCGAAAGCGAGCAGCGUCGAAACCCUGACGCACUCCGGGCCCGCCACAGCCCAGCCUUCACCGGCGGACGUGCCCGUGCCGACCUCCAGGCCGUCUCCGACCGCCACGAAUGAGGGGGAAGAGGAGGAGCUCGCCACGGCGGCCCCGCCUCCUGCGGUGCCCGCGGCACCUGUGGAGGAAGCGCCCCCAGCUGCGGAUCGUCCUCCGAUGCCGGAGUCUGCGAUGCCGUCGUCGGAACCUUCCGCAGAGACGCCGGUACCCUUAGAAGAAGGGGACGGCAAGGCGCCGGACGAGGCGCCGGACGAGGUGCCAGCUCCGCAGGAGUCCACGCCGGCAGACAUGGACUCGUCGCAGCAACAACCACCACAGCCAGUGCCGCUGUCACAGCUGCCAGUCCUGGCACAAACGGCGCCCUUGCUGUCCUCUGCCUCGCCAGUGGCUUUCCAGGUGGAAGACUUGGUGGAGGCGCAAUGCCCUGGUUGGGGGGAGGACUGGUUUCCGGCAAAGGUCCGGGAGUUGCUGCCCAACAACGAGGUUCAGGUCUUGUGGGAAGGUGAUGAGCCUUCUGUUUCAAGCGUUUCGCUAGACAUGGUUCGCAAACGUGACGUUGCCACGCUGGCCAUGCCCUGCCUGAGCAUGCCGGACACGGCGCAGUCAGACUCGGCACCUCGAAUGCCGAUGAAGCAGGAGAGCGCUCGACAGGAGGAGGAAGAGAGGCAAAGACAAGAGGAAGAAGCGGCUCUGGAAAAGGCUCGCGCAGAGGAGGCAGCAGAGGAGAUGCGCAGACAGGAGGAAAAAGCUGCCGUCGAGGAAGCCGAGGCUGAGGAGGAGGUGGAGGAGAGGAGCCCCAAGGAACACGAAGACAAUGAGGCGCUACAGGAGAGCGCUCGACAGGAGGAGGAAGAGAGGCAAAGACAAGAGGAAGAUGCGGCUCUGGAAAAGGCUCGCGCAGAGGAGGCAGCAGAGGAGAUGCACAGACAGGAGGAAAAAGCUGCCGUCGAGGAAGCCGAGGCUGAGGAGGAGGUGGAGGAGAGGAGCCCCAAGGAACACGAAGACAAUGAGGCGCUGCAGGAGAGCGCUCGACAGGAGGAGGAAGAGAGGCAAAGACAAGAGGAAGAAGCGGCUCUGGAAAAGGCUCGCGCAGAGGAAAAAGCUGCCAUGGAGAAAGCCCAGGCCGAGAAGAAGGAGGAGGAGCAGGAGGAGGAGCAGGAGGAGGAGGAGGAGGAAAAGGCAGGACUCGAGGAGGAGAGGGGCCGCAAGGAAGAAGCGGCACAAGAGAAGGCUGGCGCAGAGGCGGAGGCAGCACAAGAGGCGGCAGAGGACAUCCACAGACAGGAGGAAGAAGCUGCGCCGGAGGAAGUCAAGGCCCCCGAGCAGGAGGAAGAGGAGGCGCUCCAGGCGGCACGUGUAGAAGCAGAGGAGAGUGCGCGACUGGGGAAGGAAGAGCCGCCGCAAAGACACGAGGACGAAGCGGCUCUGGAGAAGGCCGAAGCGGAAGUUGCCGAGCUGCCAGCGCCCCCACGGGACAUUCCUGCACCGACGGGCGUGCCUUCAGCAACCUCCUUGCGUUCUGCGGACGAGGAGCUCGCCGCCGCGGCUGCCCCGCCUCCUACAGCCCCGACUGCGCUCGUGGAGGAAACGUCUGGUGAUCCCAAGCAGCACCGAUUCACGAUUGAAGCAACAGGAGGCUCUGCAGAGAUUCCACUUGGUCGGCAAGUGCCUUCGCCGACACAGGGCUCCCACGAGUUAUCGACGCUAAAGCAUCAGCCAAGCUCGUCUUCAAUGGCAAGGGUGCCCGUGGCCGCUGACCGAUUGCAGGAUGUGCAGAAUCCUGGAGAUGGCGUAGCUGGCGUAGCUCCGCUCGGUCAAACACCGGUGCCUGGUGAUCCCAAGCAACAUCGCUUCACGAUUGAAGCAAUAGGAGGCUCAUCAGAGAUUCCACUUGAUCGGCAAGUGCCUUCCCCGACACAGGGCUUCGAAGAGUUAUCUACGCUGAAGCAUCGGCCAAGCUCGGUCUCAAUGACGGCAAGGGUGUCCGCCGCCGACCGACUGCAGGCCAAGGACACCAGCCCAGCCCCAACACAAUCGGCGGGCCAAUCCCUGCGGCAAGUGCAGAAGGAGGUGAGGAAUCCUGGAGAUGGCGUAGCUGGCCCAGCCCUGCUAGGUCCAACACCGUCGAUUCAGCACCUGCGGCCCACCGCUUCUGCCCUGAAUAUGGCAGAGACUCCAAGACAAGCGUGGCCGACGAGCGCUCGGCAGGUCCUGAGGUCAGCAUCCACUCCAAGCACUGCGGUCGUGGCUGCAGUGGCAGCUGUUGCAAAAGUCAAGGCCGUCCAGCGUUGGAGGCCAGACCGGGUGGUGCCGGUGGUGCCGAUGGUCCCACAUGCAAGCGACACGUGGAAGCCAGGGAGCCAAAGUCCUGCUCCCACAAUUCCGCGGUAUGCAAGCUACAGCUACAAGUUGCCUGGAGCACACAGUACUCAGCAACUUGCCAGCCCAAGGCACAGCUCACUUAGCACACUCGACUCUCCUGGCGGAGCUUCCAAUGCGGCGACGGUGGUUUGCCAGCCAAUGGCGGCAAGUCAGUCCUGGGCCGAGCUGGCUGCAAAGGCACGUGAGUCGUGCCAACAGGCGCUGCAAGCCGUGGGCACUCCUAGCCCGAUGACUCCAUCGAGAUCACCACGAAUGGACUUGUCCCCACGGAUUUAUCAGUCCACCUCUCACGGGUUUGAUGCAAGCUCACCUCCGCCAACAGCACGCGUGGAGCAUCGCAUCAUUGCAGAGCCAAAGCUGCCUGCAACUCGUGCGGCAUCUCCCAUGACACGAUCUCCAGUCUAUGAUCAUCGCAGCACGGUCUGGCUGGAUGCGACAGGGCAUGCGGUGCCACAGCAGGUUGCCGACGUUUGGCUUCAAGAGCCUCGGUGCAGGAUGACUUCCUCUUCCGGGACUCAACACCGAGAGGUUUGCAUGUGGAGACCGCAGCCGCAGUCAUCGAUUUCUGCCAUGCCGUCCUUGGCAUCUCCCAGAUGUAUGACGCCACGCCAAGUGGUGAUGAUGCGUCCCGCAGCUUCGCCGCCGGCAGGCCACAGGCAAUAUGCCUGGCCAGGAGCGUGCGGCAGCCCAAUGCAGGCUCGCCAAGCCCCUGAUUCCGGGCAGAAGGUCUCGGAGACAUUUUCAGACUCGAAGAAGCCGCGGCCGAGGCCAGCCUCUUCUGAGCGGCGGUUGUGCUAA